AUGUGCAUCUUAGUAACCAGACGCUACAGGUGCGUCACCCGAGCCGGCCAACCCGUCGAAUCCCAGACCCACCACCAGGGCCGGUGGAUCCAACCCUGCUCCAGCCCCCCUCCCCCCACCGCCGGCGGCGCCGGCGCCCAACAGGCCUGCCUAACGGCCCUCGACGAGCAGGACGAGUGGUACGACCACCCCUGCCCCGAUUGCACGGGCCACAGUGCCGCCUCGGAUGGCAUUUCGGUCCGGACCGAAUCGCGGGCCUUCCCGCGCACGGCCUCGGACGCCGGCCGGGCGGCCUUCGCCCGCGUCAUCAACACCUACGCCCAGCAGCUGGCCCGGCUCUUCCACGCCUGGAUCUCGGACCACUGGCGGCGGCCGGGCGACUACCACGACGGGAACGGCGACCCCGCGCUCCUCGCCGAACGCAACGCCAUCGUCGCCCGCGAGCUGACCUGCCGCGAGGACCCGUCCCACGGCCCGCACCACCCCGACGCGCCCUUCUGCGGCUGCACGCUGGCCGCGGCCCCGCUGAUCCAGAACCUCGCCUCCCAGCGCCGCCGCGACAUGGCGCUGCAGAGCGCCGCCGCGGCGCUGGUGCUGGGUCGGGGCCAUGACAUGGUAGACUUGGGUGAUGGGGGCGGCGAUGGUGAGGGGAGCGACCCCGGCGACCCAGGGGGGGGUGGGGUCGGUGGCGGCGGCCCCGGCGGGGACGCGGCCGUGGGGGAGUUGAUGAGGACGCGGGUCCCGCCCGUGCUGGGGGCCGUGAUGCCAUUCGGAGCGGCCCAGCUCGCGGCGCGCUGGUCGAGGUUGCAGGGGUUGAGAGACAACCGGCAGUCUGAGGAUGGCAGCCCGUGGGACGCCAUCUACUGCGUCCUCCGGGACAUCAGUUGGGUGCUCGCCAUCGACACAGGGCUGACGCUGGCCCGGGCGGGCGCCAUUUUCGGUAUGCUGCAGGCCAGGAUGCUCGACAGGGCGACGCGGAUACGACAUGCCCGGCCGUGGUACUUGGAGGACGCGCUACUGGACGCCGACCGACCGUGGAUCAACCGCCUGUCGGAUCUGCUGGCCAACAACGCUCACCAGUACUUUGACCUCUACGGUUACGAGAUGACCUUCCUCCUCGAUCACGGCGCCCAGGAGCCCGUCCGCUGGUGCCCGUGGCUAGCCCCGAUUCGCCCCUCGGACCGGCACGGUUUCAUGACAGAGGAGUGGGGCCAGCAGGGGGCGCGGCUCCACGCCCGGCUCCAGAGCGCGGAGGAGAACAUCGUCGACUUCGACCCGGCCACCAUGCCACCCGGCGCGAGGUGUUUCAUCUGCACCAACGACUUCGUAAGCGACAACCCGCCAUUUGACGUCCCGGCCGCGCCGCAUCGCUGUGCGGGGGCGCACACGGCGGCUGCGGGUCGUAGAUGUCUCGUCUGCUUCGCCGGGACGACGAGCAAUGUCCCUUCCUGCCCCAUCUGCCGGAGACCUUACGAUGAGGAAGACGAUGACGCGCCUGCUUGA